GCGGCUGGAAACGGGAAGUCACCGGGUAGCGGAGCGGAGCAGAGCAGCGGGCAGCCGGUGAGACGCAGCCCGGGAAAGACUUCACUCACACCCGGUUCACCAACACGGAGACCACUGUACCCGGAGCAGAGCGGUGCGGGACCGAGGAGCGUGUGUAAGAAGUUUGUCACCGGUGUUUGGUUCACUAUCGGUGGGUGAUGGGCUCCAUGUUUCGCAGUGAGGAGGUGUGCCUGGUGCAGCUGUUCCUGCAGUCUGGUGCAGCCUACAACUGUGUCAGUGAGCUGGGAGAGCUGGGCAUUGUUGAGUUUAGAGAUCUGAAUCCAAAUGUAAACGCGUUUCAGAGGAAGUUUGUCAGUGAGGUGAGGAGAUGUGAGGAGCUGGAAAAAACAUUCACAUUUUUGCAGCAGGAGAUUGUGCGCUCUCUUUCUCCAACUCUCAACUCACCCCUGCAGCAGCCAGUUCCCACCCCUCCAGCUCCUCAGCCACGGGAACUGCUAACCAUAGAGGAGGAGAGUGAACGUCUGGCCCGGGAACUCAAGGAGGUGUCCAGGAACAGAGACAGUAUUCGAGCUCAACUUAACCAGCUGUGCCAGUACAGAGGAGUGCUAACUCAAACGCACUCUCUCACUGCCUCACAGGCCCCUCCACCCUCAUUUGAUACCGGCAUGAUGGACAACAGGCAGGAUGUACGGCUCAGUUUUGUAGCGGGUGUGGUCCACCCAUGGAAGGUGCCAGCAUUUGAGAGGUUGCUUUGGCGAGCGUGCCGAGGUUACAUCAUUGUGGACUUUCGAGAGAUGGAGGAGAAGCUAGAACACCCAGAUAAUGGAGAGAUGGUACAGUGGACAGUCUUCCUCAUCUCAUACUGGGGGGAUCAAAUUGGACAGAAAGUGAAGAAGAUCUGUGAUUGCUUCCACACACAGAUGUUCCCGUAUGCAGAGAGCCAGGCAGAGAGAGAGGAGAUUCUGAAUGGACUGAAAACCAGAAUCGAGGACAUUAAAUCAGUGAUGAGUGAGACUGAGCAGUACCUGCAGCAGCUGUUGAUGCGUGCUGUGGCCGUGCUGCCCCAGUGGCGUGUGCGCGUUCAGAAGUGCAAGGCUGUUCAAAUGGUGCUGAACCUUUGCAGCCCCUCGGUCACAGAGAAGUGCCUGAUUGCUGAGGCCUGGUGUCCAGUCAGACAGCUUCCUGCCCUGCAGAGUGCCCUGAGAGAGGGAGGGAGGAAGAGCGGUAGCAGUGUUGAAUCGUUCUAUAAUCGUUUGCCUUCUGACACCUCUCCUCCUACCCUCUUUCCCACCAACUCCUUCACUGCAGGAUUUCAGAAUAUCGUGGAUGCGUAUGGUGUAGCCAGCUAUAGAGAGGUCAACCCAGCUGUGUACACAAUCAUCACUUUUCCAUUCCUGUUCGCUGUGAUGUUUGGGGAUGUGGGGCAUGGGAUUAUCAUGGCAUUAGCUGCUCUCUGGAUGGUUUUGGAAGAGAAGGACCCUAAACUAAGGAACAACACCAAUGAGAUCUGGCGUAUGAUGUUUGGAGGACGUUAUCUGAUCCUGUUGAUGGGGCUUUUUUCUGUCUACACCGGAGCCAUUUAUAACGAAUGCUUUAGCAGAGGCCUCAGCAUCUUCCCCUCCAGCUGGCAUGUACGGCCCAAUGCAAUGCACUACAACUGGACGGAGGAAACUUUCAGGGUUAACCCCUAUCUCUCGCUGGAUCCGAAUGUGACUGGUGUCUUUACUGGACCAUAUCCCUUUGGCAUUGAUCCGAUCUGGGGACUGGCAAAUAACCACCUGACAUUCCUCAACUCCUAUAAGAUGAAAAUGUCUGUCAUCAUUGGAGUCAUCCACAUGACGUUUGGUGUCAGCUUGUCAUUUUUCAACUACAUACACUUCAGGGAGAUCAGCAGUGUGUUUCUGGUGCUGAUUCCAGAGUUGUUAUUCAUGUUGUGUUUGUUUGGUUACCUCAUCUUCAUGGUUGUUUUUAAGUGGGUGGUCUACGGUCCCAUGGACUCAAACACCGCACCCAGUAUUCUCAUCCACUUCAUAGACAUGUUCCUGUUUGCAGCCAACAAAGAUAACCCAGAUCUGUACCAUGGCCAGAUGACUGUACAGAUAAUUCUGGUGGUUGUGGCUGUGUGUUCAGUUCCUGUUUUGUUGCUUGGGAAGCCCAUUCAUGAAUACCUCACACACAUGAGAAAGAGACACCAGCCCACUGGUGAAAGGCGGCCUCUGUUGUCUGAAAAUGGCUCUGUAAAUGCACACCAAGGAGAUGUGGAGAUGAGAGGAGAGGAAGAGGAGGAGUUUGAUUUUGCCAAUGUCUUCAUGCACCAGGCCAUCCACACAAUAGAGUACUGUCUGGGCUGCAUCUCCAAUACUGCUUCAUAUCUGCGUCUGUGGGCUCUCAGCCUAGCUCAUGCACAGCUUUCUGAAGUGCUGUGGGUGAUGGUGAUGCACAUCUCCUUCUCACAGACUAGUUACGUGGGAAGUGUCAUCAUGGCUGUCAUAUUUGCAGCUUUUGCUGUCUUGACUAUUUCUAUUCUGCUCGUCAUGGAAGGGCUUUCAGCUUUUCUUCAUGCUCUGCGACUUCACUGGGUGGAAUUUCAGAACAAAUUCUACAGUGGAACGGGCUACAAGCUCAACCCAUUUGCCUUCGCUUCCAUUAUCCGUGCCUCCUCAGCUAAUUGAUGUAUGCAAAUAAUACAUUUUAACUUAAACAUUUCAGAAAAUGCCAAUGCUUAAGUAAUCUGAAAGCCCACUGGUUAACAUUAGGGUUUAACACCAAACCCGUUUUUUUAAGACGAGUCUUUAUGAUGGCAGAUCUUUUGCUUUGCUGCUCUUUAAGAAUAGUUUCCCCAUAAAGAAAAAAACUUACAUUGUUCUGGAACCAUUCAGUUUAAGCAUUCCACAGAGUUCGUUCAAGUAUGAUGAGCGCUGAAUGUAACUCAGGGAUAUUUCAUCCAUGUGACAGAUUGUCCUAACCAGUCUGUGUAGUGAUACGGUUUUCAGGGAACUCGAAAUAGGCCAAAGUAAUGGUUUGGUCAACUGCUUUAAUUUUUACUUUAAAAUAUCAAUCAAUGACUUGAAAAUUCUUUAUAUGAUUCAGAAAGGGAUUCAUUUAUUUCAAGGGUUUCUUUCUUGCCUUGACUAAUUGUGUAUUUUUAUAUUAAUUAACAACGUCAAUGUCUUGCAUAAAAUGUCUUUUAAUGAUGCCUGGCUUGCAUAACGAAUUAAACAAAAUUACUCUGUAAAACAAGAAUAUAUGUUUAACAUACUGUAUAAGCAUUA